AUGGCUCUCAAGCUGUGGGAACGCAUCUCCCAGGCGGAUAAUGUUUUUCAGUCGUUACGUCCUCUGACCUACAUCUCGCUCCUGGGUCUGGCUCCAUUUCGUUUGAACUCGGACAAGGAGGUGCAUACAUCGGUUUUCUCGUUUGUCGCCGGCAUUGUCCAUUUCCUGUUCUUUGUGCUGUGCUUCGCCAUGUCCGUCUGCGAGGGAGACUCGAUUAUCGGCUAUUUCUUUCAAACGAACAUCACCAAGCUGGGCGAUGGAACUCUCCGGCUGACGGGCAUCAUAGCCAUGUCCACGAUCUUUGGCUUUGCAUUAUUCAAGCGCCAGCGCCUUGUGAACAUUAUACAGAAUAACAUUGUUGUGGAUGAGAUUUUCGUGCGGCUCGGCAUGAAGUUGAACUAUCGUCGCAUCCUACUCUUCAGCUUCCUCAUCUCGCUGGGCAUGCUGCUCUUCAAUGUCGUCUAUUUGUGUGUGAGCUAUUGCCUCCUGCUCAGUGCCAUGAUAUCGCCCUCAUUUGUGACCUUUACCACCUUUGCUUUGCCACACAUUAACAUCAGCUUCAUGGUCUUCAAGUUUCUGUGCACCACGCAUUUGGCCAAGAGCCGGUUCGGCAUGCUGAACGAGAUCUUACAGGAUGUGCUCGAUGCUCAUAUUGAACAACGCAGCUCCCUGGAAUUAUCGCCGAUGCAUUCGGUGGUCAAUGAACGAUAUGUGCACCGUGUCCGCAGCUUCAUCAGCAUGCCCAUGCAGCGCUAUAGUGUCACAUCGAUUAUACGCCAGAAUCCGGAAUAUGCCAUAAAGCAGGUCUCCAAUAUACACAAUCUGCUCUGCGAUAUUUGCCACAAGAUCGAGGAGUAUUUCACAUAUCCACUGCUGGCGAUUAUAGCCAUUUCCUUUUUGUUCAUCCUUUUCGACGAUUUCUAUAUACUGGAAGUGCUUCUGAAUCCAAAGCGGCUGGAAGUGUUUGAGGCGGACGAGUUUUUUGCUUUCUUUCUACAGCAGAUGCUGUGGUAUGUCGUCAUCAUAUUUCUGAUUGUGGAGGCCAGUGGCAGAACGAUCAAGGAGAGCAGCCAUAGUGCCGCCAUAGUGCACAAGAUUUUGAAUAUAACCGAUGAGCCAGAGUUGAGGGAUCGCCUGUUUCGCCUAUCCUUGCAAUUAUCCCAUCGUCGGGUGAACUUCACAGCUGCGGGUCUCUUCCGCUUGGAUCGUACGCUUAUUUUCACUAUCACUGGCGCUGCAACCUGCUAUCUAAUUAUUCUGAUUCAAUUCCGCGCGACACACCACAUGGAGGAAUCUGGCGAGGCUAAUACAACACAUGAUUUUUUUCUAAAUUAA